UCCUAAUUAUCAUUCGAAGCUCUCACUUUUGCUCUCUCUAGGCCAGGAUACAGAGCUUCUGGAGACUUCUUCUCAUCUCCUUCUCUUUAUUUUUCUCUUCAACCCGUAAUAAUCGAUCGGCUCGGCAUUAAUUUCGAAUUUCGUUAUUGAGUUCUUUUCUUUUUCCUGAGAAUUUUUUUUGGAAAUUUGGUGGUAAAUAAUGGAAAGAAUGAAGCGAAAACCUAAUCUGCGGUAUUUGCUGCUGAUGCUUGUUGUCGGAUGCUUUUUCUCGCAGCUCAAGGCGUCGUCUAAUUCUGAAUUUUACGAGUCGUUUGAGGAGGCAAUCGAGGGGAGAUGGGUUGUUUCUGAGAAGGAGGAUUAUAAAGGUGUAUGGAAACGUGAGAAGAGUGAGGGACAUGAUGAUUAUGGGCUUCUUGUCAGUGAGAAGGCGAGGAAGUAUGCUAUCGUAAAGGAGCUGGAUGAGCCUGCUGAUCUUAAGGAUGGAACUGUUGUCCUCCAGUAUGAAGUUCGCCUUCAGGAAGGAUUGGAAUGUGGUGGUGCCUAUCUUAAGUACCUUCGACCCCAGGAUGCUGGGUGGAUGUCCAAGGAAUUUGAUAAUGAAUCUCCAUACUCCAUUAUGUUUGGACCUGAUAAAUGUGGAGCCACGAACAAGGUUCAUUUCAUCUUGAAGCAUAAGAACCCCAAGACUGGAGAGUUCAUUGAGCACCAUCUUAAGUUUCCACCCUCUGUUCCUUCUGACAAAUUAACUCAUAUCUACACUGCCAUUUUGAAACCUGACAAUGAGUUGCGGAUCUUGAUUGAUGGAGAGGAGAAGAAGAAGGCAGACUUUCUCUCAGCUGAAGAUUUUGAACCACCACUUAUCCCUUCCAAGACAAUUCCUGAUCCAGAUGAUAAGAAGCCUGAGGACUGGGAUGAGAGGGCCAAGAUUCCAGACCCUGAUGCCACAAAGCCAGAUGACUGGGAUGAGGAUGCACCACUUGAAAUUGUGGAUGAGGAUGCUGUAAAGCCUGAAGGGUGGUUGGAUGAUGAGCCUGAGGAGAUUGAUGAUCCUGAGGCAACAAAACCAGAAGACUGGGAUGAUGAAGAGGAUGGUGAGUGGGAGGCUCCCAAAAUUGACAACCCCAAGUGUGCUGAAGCCCCUGGUUGUGGUGAGUGGAAGAAACCAAUGAAGAGGAAUCCUGCUUAUAAGGGAAAAUGGCAUGCACCAAUGAUUGAUAAUCCCAAUUACAAGGGUAUUUGGAAGCCACAGGAAAUACCAAAUCCAAGCUACUUUGAGCUUGAUAGGCCUGAUUUUGAGCCUAUUGCUGCUAUCGGCAUUGAGCUUUGGACAAUGCAAGAUGGUAUCUUGUUUGAUAACAUUCUGAUAGCAAGUGAUGAAAAGGUUGCAGAAUCAUACCGAACAACUACUUGGAAGCCAAAGUUUGAGGUAGAGAAAGAAAAACAGAAGGCUGAAGAAGCAGCUGCAGAUACAGGUGCUCUUAAAGGCUUCCAGAAGACAGUCUUUGAUCUCCUCUACAAGGUUGCAGACCUCCCUUUCUUGGGCGAACACAAGCUCAAAGUCUUGGAUCUUCUUGAAAAAGCUGAGAAACAGCCAAACCUCACAAUUGGUGUUAUCAUCUCAAUCAUAGUUGUUAUCUUCACACUUCUAUUGAAGAUCAUCUUUGGCGGGAAGAAGCCUGCUAGAGCUAGGGAGGAGCCAGAGAAGACUGAAGAGCCAGCUCCUGAAUCUUCAAGUAAUCAAGAAACCACUGAAGAGAAGGAAGAGCCAAAUGAGGAUGCAGGUGCUGCACCACGUAGGAGGAUCAGGCGUGAUAACUGAGAACUGUGUCGGAUGCUCCAGGGGGCAGACUAAACACUUUUUUGGCUUAGAUAUUUGGGUUUAGUUCUUUUGCAGUUCUGGAAUUUUCACUCAUCGGAAUCUUGAGUUUUUCCCUAGGAUUAUUUUGACCGUCAAUGUAUGACUAUGUAUAUGAGACUAUUGGAUUGGGAUCAGCAGGUUGCUUUCCUACGUAGAGAGGUCAUGAAUUUUCACAUUAUUAAGUUUUUUAAUUGUUGACGUAUUUUGGCAGAUC